CGUCCAUUUUUGUUUAUAUAGUGCAAAUUAAAUACUCCAGAAGCAGAAAAAGACAACAGCUUAAAAUUUAAAAUAAAAAAAGAUACCACCAUGAAAGACACAGAAAUUUUAGAUCCUAGAAAUCUAGUGAAAAACAGAGAAGUACUUUACCGUCUUAUUAUAGGGCAACUUAUGUACGAUGGCUUGGAAAAGUUUGCCAAAGAGCUCUCGCUUUUGGUCAAAGCCGAUGAAUGCUCACCCACAGAGCAAUUACUUCACAUCAUGAUUGCCGGCAUGCAGGCAACUUCUAUUGCAAAAGAAAACAACGUUUAUGAUGAUGUCUUACCUGGAAUCGAUCUUGAAUUUGAACCUGAGGGUUCAUCAUUGGCUCCUGAGCCGGCUUCUUAUGAAACUGCUUAUGUCACAUCUCACAAGCAAUCUUGUCGUGCCGGAGCAUUCAGUCAUGAUGGACAAUUAGUGGCAACAGGUAGUGUCGAUGCUAGUAUCAAAAUUCUUGAUGUAGAUCGUAUGCUUGCGAAAUCGGCGCCGGAAGAUUUGGAGCCAGGAAGAGAGCAACAAGGACAUCCAGUUAUUCGAACCCUCUACGAUCACACCGACGAAGUUUCGUUUCUCGAAUUCCAUCCUAAAGAACACAUCUUGGCAUCAGGUUCUCGUGAUUGCACCGUCAAACUCUUCGAUAUAGCUAAACCAUCAGUUAAGAAGGCUCACAAAGUUUUCACUGAUUGUGAGCCAGUAUCUUGUUUGUCUUUCCAUCCGACUGGGGAUUAUAUUGUAGUGGGCACGGAGCAUCAUGUGCUGAGAGUCUUCGAUGUACAGACAGCGCAGUGUUUUGUAAGUGCAAUUCCCUCACAACAACACAAGGCAGCAAUUUCUUGUGUGAAAUACGCCCCAACAGCCAAGUUCUAUGCCAGUGGAAGUGUCGAUGGCAGCAUUAAGCUGUGGGAUGGGGUCAGUGGUCGAUGCAUCAAUACAAUUGCCGAUGCACAUUCCGGGGCUGAAAUUUGUUCACUUCAGUUUUCAAGAAAUGGAAAGUAUCUGUUGUCAUCUGGAAAGGAUUCCAUUGUUCAUUUGUGGGAAUUGUGUACCAGUCGCAGUAUUCAAACUUAUACUGGUGCUGGUACAACUGGCAAGCAAGAACACAACACACAGGGGGUAUUCAACCACACAGAAGACUAUGUAAUGUUUCCUGAUGAGGCCACGACAUCUUUGUGCUCUUGGAACUCUAGAAAUGCGGGUCGCUUGAAUCUUAUGUCGUUGGGACACAAUGGGCCUGUACGUUACAUAACACACUCGCCUAACUCACCUGCGUUUUUGACAUGUUCCGAUGAUUAUAGAGCAAGAUUUUGGUACAGAAGAGCUUCUAACCAAUAAGGAGUAUUUAUAAAGAUGUUUUCAUUUGCAAAUAAUUCACAAUGUCAUCUGUUAAUCACAAUAAAGAAACAUCAGUUUUAUAAA